GUUGGUGUGUUAACUUUGAGUGUCAUGUUUAACUAAGCUGAAAACACUGUACAAAAUCAUGGCAAUCUCAAUUUAGACCAAAAACAAAAACUUUAUAUCUACAUGAAUACAAUGAAUGAAUUUAUUGAAUAAUUAUUAUAAAGUUUUAUUUUAAGUUUAAUUCUGUCCUUGAGUCCUCAGUAUACAAAAGAUGAAAAAUAUAUCCUUUUUUUGUAAAGAGUGAGAUUGGUUCUGUAAAAUGUGUAUUUAAAAAUCUGUCUUUUAAAAAUAAAUAAAUAAAAAAUCAAAUGGCACAGUUUAUAUGACAAUUUAUAGUACUGAUAGUGAUCUAAGUUUAAUCUAAACCUAAUAAUAUAAAGUAUAAUACUGACUCAUUGAUCUAUUAGAGCUGGUUUAUAAAUCUCUUUUCUGCCUUUUAAUAUCUAUUGAAUAAUUCCUUUGUGCCAUGUUUAAGUAAGCAGAAUACAGUGUUCAAGGUCAUGGCAACCUGAAAUUAGUCGAACAUUUACUUAACACUGCUGAGAUUGGUCGGCGUAGUAGAUUGGUCCAUUGGGUCACCUUUUCUAUAUGAAAGUAUUAUCAUAAGACCUGCUAACAGAUAGAUAGAUAGAUGCUGUCAAGUAAUGACGAUGAAGCGAAUACUGCUUCUGCUGCUCUGUUCUCUGUGCUUUGUUCAUGGCCUCGUGAGAGUGCCUCUGAUGAAGAUGUCCACUCUGAGGAGUCAUUUAAGAGCGACUAACCAGCUGAAGGACUUUCUGAAGGAUCACCAGGUGGAUGCUUUCUCUCGCCGCUAUGCCCAGUGUUACCCGUCUAACUUAGCAUCUCUCAAGCCAGGCAAAGCAGCAGAGAGACUUUACAACUUCAUGGAUGCACAGUACUAUGGAAAGAUCAGUCUGGGAACCCCAGGGCAGAACUUCUCUGUGAUCUUUGACACUGGAUCUGCUGAUUUGUGGGUGCCUUCAUCUUACUGUGUCAGUCAAGCGUGUGCUGCACAUCACAGGUUCAAGGCUGUGGAGUCGAGCACCUACAUUCACGACGGCCGAAUCUUUGGCAUUCACUAUGGCUCUGGACACCUGCUGGGCGUGAUGGCUAAAGACAUACUGAGGGUGGGCUCUAUGAUUCUGCCGGAUCAGAUGUUUGGGGAGUCAGUGUACGAGCCAGGCAUGUCCUUUGUCAUGACCAGGUUCGAUGGGGUUUUGGGCCUCAGUUACCCAUCGCUGGCUGAGGAGCUUGGAGCACCUGCAUUUGACAACAUGAUGAACCAGAAGAAAGUGGAAAAGCCCAUGUUCUCCUUCUACCUCAGCAAGAAUGGCAGCAGUACAGCUCUGGGAGGAGAACUGUUGCUGGGAGGUAUGGAUGAAGAGCUCUUCAUUCCUCCCAUUAACUGGCUCCCGGUCACUCUAAAAGGUUACUGGCAGAUCAAAAUAGAUUCAGUCAAGGUUCAGGGAAGUGCUACCUUUUGUCACUCUCACAGUUGCCAGGCGAUUGUUGACACGGGAACAACUCUCAUCGCUGGGCCAACAGUGUACAUCCUGAUCCUUCAGCAGCUCAUUGGAGCUACGCCUACUCCCAUAGGAGAGUAUCUGGUUGAUUGCACCAGGAUCAGCAGUUUGCCCAUGGUGUCUUUUGUACUUAAUGGAGUGGAGUAUGCCCUCACUGCAGAUGCAUACAUCCGCAGAGAUACAAUAAAUGAAGAAGAAAUUUGCAUAAGCGGCUUUCAAGCCACUGAUAUCAUGUCUCCAUUCGGUCCUAUCUGGAUUCUUGGGGACAUUUUCCUCUCGCAGGUUUACAGUAUCUAUGACAGGGGUGAGGACCGGGUUGGCUUUGCUCGACUCUCUGACAAGGUCAAAAGUCUCCCUACUCAGUAA